UGAGUAACAUGCAUAAUUCAACGGCCAGCCAUUAACCGCAAAAGGAAGUUAACUUACCGCACAAGGAUUCAUACCCUUACACGUUUAUUUGUUUCCCAGAACAAAUAGUUAGCCAUCCCAUCGAAACAAACAUAUCUAUCCUUAAUCAAUUCAAAGUAUGUCGCAAUCUCUAUUGAAUUUUUUUACUUAAAUUUUAUCUACGAUUAAACAAAUCGAUAAGGUUUCAUUGGAAUUGAUUUUGUUAUCAGAUUUAUUACCACUUAAAGGAUAUUAAGCAACUGAAGUAAAUCGCGAACGACUGUCAUAAACUGCAAUCGUAAGGAAUCAUUGUUAAACGGAAAAUCAUAUAUGUCUUAAUUUACUUGACAAGGUUAAUCCAGGGUAAUCAUGCAUCCAACUAAUCUAAUCAGUGCGCCAUUCUUAAGUUUUUUUUUUUUGCUAAAUUACCAAACCAGAUUGAGAUAAACAAUGGCAGCAACUCAAUUUUCAAUGCGUGGUAAAGCAAUGGGAGAUAUUUGAGCAGUUCGGGGAUCUAAUACCGGCUACCAAAUGACAGAGAUGGCAAAAAGUGGUUAGUUUAGGGACUCGAAAUGCUCGAUUAGCUCAAUGGGCUGGUUGGAGGCGCCACUAGCUGGUUUUGCCACCUUUCCAGCAGCUUUAGGGACAAAAUAUCUGGCGUUUCAAUUAAAGACCUUGGUUCGGGGAGGCGAAAAGAUGGGCACAUUGGGCCAAAGUUUCUCUGCGGCCACUCGGGCCACUCAGGCACCAUGUAUGUUAUCCGCUCAGUGGUUUUUUGGACCUGGGACCCAGUGAGAUCAUAGCCCAGAGGUUCUAAGAAGAAGAAAAAAUGAGAUGUAUCAUUAAUUAUUAUAUCUAGACGGCUCUGAGUUAAUCUUUACAUCGCUUGAUUAAAAUUUCAAGUGAUCGACUAAUCCUAGGAUUGUAUAACGUCAGCAUUAAUUCGACUAUAAAUUAAUCAGCUGGUCUGAAUUCAAUUAUUGCAAAGUAAGAAGACCCGAGCAAACAACUCAAGAUGAUCGCGCUCUUUGUGGUAUUUGCACUUCUUAUUUUCGGCCAAGCUGAUGUUUCGGCUCUUCCACCAAGAGCAUCAGUGUGCCAUGCGCCAACAAGCACGACAGUGAAACCACCAACUCCACCGCCAGGAGAAAUCAACUGUGAACUCGCAGUAAACGGGUUAGAUCUGAUACAACUGUCUACUGGGAUUUAUCACAUCAACCACACGCGAAUUAAUUGGUUCGAUGCAUAUAAUGCUUGCAAAGCACACAACAUGCAGCUCGCGCAACUGUAUACAUCAGAAACACUUGAGCUGUUCUACGAUGAAACUCUCGGCAUAGGAGGUCAUCACUGGAUUGGGGCCACGGACAUUGGCUACGAAGUUGGCGAUAUGAGAUGGGAAAAUGGAGAGCCUGUCGAUCUGAAUCUAAUUUUUAUUGGUCCAUCAAUUUUUCCACCUAACUGUAUGAUGUUAUGCAUCAAUAAAUAUUUUUUGCAUGCACUUACGUGCGAUAGUCUGAGGGAUGGCUACAUUUGCGAGAUUCCUCCUAAUUGUUUGUCACCAUAGCCAUCAAGCAAAAUAUUGAAUCGUUUAAAAAAAUUUAAUGUUUAAAAAAUUGUCGUUACUACAUACUGUAAAAAAUGGUGCAAUUUUUCUUUGUAGUUUAUUCUAAUAAAAACACUGUCACAUAGCUUACAAAAUGUCCAGUAUUUUUGAUAAAAUUAGGCUGACGUUUUGGUUAAACUUUUAAAACGAUGAUGGAGAAAUCCCCCCACCUCAAAAUUUGAUAGCAUCUAAUAAAAUUAGUUUGAACAGAUAGUCCUUAAUUUUAAAAUUUCACAAAUACGUCCAAAUUCCCUUAGUUUAGAAAUUUUCCCUCUAUAAUAUUAGAGCGAGUAAUUUUCAUCAAAAGAUCGUAGUUUAGAUCGUCCUUUUUUAUAGAGAACCUGUGUGUAAGAGAAGCUGAGGUGCCCUUUUCCGGCCGGACCACGUGAGCGGGGCGGGACAGAGGUGCGAUUGGCCCUGUCCGCGCCCGCGUGGCUCUCAGGG